AGGAGGAAUUGGAGUUUGUUAUGAAGAAUUGUAAGCGCUGAACGUGUCAGAAUUUCAUUUGAGAUAAAUUAUCAAGUCGUGUACGCAUCUCCUCCGCGCAUGGCCACCAUGGUAGCCGGCUUCUCCCUGGGAACAGCAGCUUUGGCGUUCAGUCUACAUAUUUUUUGGAAAAAUUGCAGAUAAACCCAUAGAAAAAUUAGUAAUGAGAAAAAUACUCAAGUUCGCCACGCAGCUCCUGCGCGCAUGUUGAACGGCCAACCUCGUGGCCCGGUAGAGAGGUUAUGGCGUUCGUUUAAAGUCUAUUGUCAGGAGAAACGAGGAUAGAAUCGAUAAAAUGAUCACGAAUAAUUUAAUACUAAAUAAUUACACACUAUGUGUAAUAAUUAUUUCAUCAUCAAACUGGAGGUUUUUAUGACCUGUGUAAACGACAGAAAAAAAUUAGUUUCGUCCAUCAAAAGUAUUAUUUCUACAUGACCGACGUACUCGUACUGUCGGAAGAUAGCGCCUGGUCUGUUGACUUGGUCAAAAGACAAGUCUUCAAAACUUUUUAUGGUCUUUUUUGAUAUUUUAACAAAAAAAAAUUUUUUUUUCUAUGAUGGAAGUGGACUAUGUUAACAUGAGUGACAGACGUGGACAUUAAGGGUUGAAUCUGUAGCUGUGAAAUGUGGUGUUUUUGCUGGUUCCCUUUUUAUCGACACUGUCAUAAGAGUGUAAGAUUGCGUUUAGUGUUUGUAUCUGUGCCCGGCAGAUUUGGAGAAUUUCAAUUUUUUAAAAAUCGUGAGUGAAGUGUGAAUAAGUGCUGUGAUUAGUGUUUGUGAGAAGUGUCAAUCAAGGAAUCAAAUGGAUUACAAUUUAGAAGAAUCAUCAAUCGACAUCCAGAGGUAAAGCUGUACGUUCCAGUAAUUGUGGCCGAAUGUAUCCAACCAGGGUCUCCAGGAUGCCUAGCUGCAGUGCCUCUUCUCUCCACUCACCCAAAUGACACCAGAAACAAACCACCAGCAUGAUGAGCAUCCUCACACGAGCUCAUCGCACAGUCCAACUCUACCAGUCCACUCGGACUCUCCACGUUGUUGUUCCAUACCAACGGAAACAGCUGUAGGCGAGGGCAUAGAAGACCUCAUCAUCCUUCCAAGAAUUUCGAUGAGAAUGAAUUCGAUCAGGAAAUGGAGGAGACCCAGCAGAUCCCAAUGGAGGAUCAAGAUCCCAACUACCUUGGGAAUCCAAGGAGAGAUGGACUACUUGGAAGUGCGCCAGGCCUACCCAAGACAUCGAAUAUAUCGUACAUUUUUGAUCCAAACAUAAAAUGGGACAAAAACUGGACGUCAAUCUCGUCCCUUGGCCAACUAUCUGCUGUGGACAUAGAUCCCGCUGGUAACAUAGCAAUAUUCUGCAGAAGAACGCGCGUCUGGGGACAGGAUACAUUUUCCACAAACGACAAAUUCGAUCCACGCAAUGGCCCCAUUUCAGAGAAUGUAAUACAACUCCUGAAUAAGGAGGGUAAAAAAAUAAUCGAGUGGGGAAGUAACACGUUCUACCUUCCCCACGGUUUGACGAUCGAUGCCGAGGGUAACUACUGGGUGACCGAUGUAGCAAUGCACAUGGUCAUGAAGUUCACUGCAUCAGAAAUAGAGAAAAAUAUGGAAGCAUUGAAGAAAGCAGAAGCCUCUGUAGCUCAACGAGAGAUAACAAUUGAUCUCAAUAAUCUCUUCAGAGACUCGAUAGUGAAACCAUCGCUAGCACUCGGUGUACCUUUUGAACCAGGCAAUGACAAUCAGAGUUUUUGUAAACCAACAGCUGUCGCUGUCAUGAAGAAUGGUGACUUUUUUGUAAGUGAUGGCUACUGCAAUUCUCGCAUUAUAAAAUUCAAUCUCAAGGGAGAGAGAAUCUCCCAGUUUGGGAGGGCCUGGUCAGUUGGAAUCCAUCCGCAGCAGCCCUCAGCCUACUCCCUGUACAUACCUCAUGCUCUGGCACUGGCUGAAGAUCUCGGUUUUCUCUACGUUGCCGACAGGGAGAACGGCAGGAUUCUCUGCUUUCACGCGCAAAACGAGAGCUUCCAUAGAGAGUACAGACAUCCUGCUGUCGGCAGUAAAGUUUACAGUGUUGCUUAUGCCAAGGGGAGGAUUUAUACAGUCAAUGGAAAUGAUUAUUUACAGAGCUUUCACGUCAGGGGGUACAGCUUGGAUGUCAAUUCUGGGGAUGUUGUGUCGCAAUUUGGUCCUGGAGAGGACAUGAAAGCACCUCACGAUAUUGCUGUUAGCCGGGAUGGCAGGGAGAUCUACGUGGUUGAGCUGGAUAGCCAUGCUAUCUACAGAUUUUUACAGGUCGGAGUUUCCUCCCCCCCUGGGCCAUCCACUGAGAAAGCACCCAUAGGACAUGGGUCUAAACUGCUGACAAGUACAACAAUCAGUGACGAACCAAAGAAAAUGGGAGGCAUGGCGAUAGCUCUGGUGACGAUCAUCAGUUCUAUGAUCGUCAUCGGGCUCUGCAUAGCAGUGGCUGCUCUCAUCGCCAGAUGCCAGAAGAGAGGGUGCUUAUUAUCAGUGCGUAGAAAAUCCUACUGGGAGAGCGAUAGAAAAGAAAACUUCAAGCUGUCAAGAGUGUUGGAAUCGCGACAGGGUAAGAAAGGCUUUCGUCGGUUUGAUAAACGUCCCAACCCCAAGGACUUCAGCAAAUUGAACACCGAACCCGAGACAUCUGAAGACGAGCGUGGGGAAGAGGGUCUCAUUAUUUAAUUACAGAUAACAACUCAAAAUAAUGUAAUCAAUCGAUGAUUGCAUUUUCAUUUCGUUCUAUCGUGUCAUUUCUAUUCCUGUCAAAUGUCUUUGCGUGAAAUUUUUUAUUGUAUUUUAUGAGAGGGCGAGUAUUAGAGUAUUUUCUCGUUUCGAAUGAUUAUGACAAAUUAAGAAAUUCCAGACGAUUUUUGGUUAUUUAUGGAAUUAAAUAGAUACGCGAUGAAUAUACUUCAUUCGUAUUGCAAUAAUCAUUGAAGCCCGCAACUUGCAGGAAAUUGAUGAUUAUUUUAUCCCGAUGUUAAUUAUUAAUGAAGGGAGGCGAGGGGUAUGAACCUGAAACUAAGUAAAAAUAUCCCCCGAUAUUUACGUCAUUAGACGAAACUUAAUGGACCAUCAGACAACAUAAAAUUUCGAACAACAUAUCGGAAGAUUUCAAAGGUUGAAUCAGUAUUAGCCCUUCGCGGAUGAGCAGCCCCAGUGUACCCUUAGAGGCUGAAAAAAAAUCCAAUUGAAUGUGAGUUUUCACCGGUUUAACUGUAGCUUGACGUAGAAAAAUAUGCAUUUCUCUAACAUUUAAAUUCCAAUCCUGAAAGUGUAUAUUUUCAAUAAAAAAAAUCAAUGUUUGUGUGAGUAUAACGUUCAUUACCAAACAAUACUGAGACUC